AUCUCCCCUUUUCGCCUCCGAGGGCUGAGGGGCGCGUUUCGCUGGGUUUCCGGGGCUAGGAGGGCUCGCCUCUAGAUGCACGGAGUGGCCGAGGCCCAGAGAAGGCAACCGCCUCGAUCGGGCUGCACAGCGCAGUAAGCCUCCUGGCUUUACAGGGCUGAGAGGGGCGAGGGGAGCCAGGCCGGGGGGCUGGGUCCGGGAGAGGGUGUGGCGCCCACCGCACUGGCUUCUUUCUCCAGCCCGCAGGCUGGAGGUCGGGUUUGGGUAUCUUCCAGAACGAACCGAAUUCACGACCAGAGAAGAGGAACUGGCUUCCCAGGCAGUCUCCCCCGCCCCAAACUUUUCCUCCCGAGCUGGGUGGGAGGGCGGAAGGAGGAAGCGGGGCCGGGAAGGUGGGGCCAGCCGUCCCCUCCCGGCCUGGAGCCGCGCUCUGGGCGCCGAUCCGGACGCGGCUCGGGUCUUGGGUCUGAGAUUGCCGGCUGACUAUGGGUACAACGGCCAGCACAGCCCAGCAGACGGUCUCAGCCAGUGCCCCCUUCGAGGGCCUCCAGGGCAGCAGCACGAUGGACGGGCGGCACUCGCUCAGCGCCCACUCCUUCCAGUCCACGAGCUUGCACAACAGCAAGGCCAAGUCCAUCAUCCCCAACAAGGUGGCCCCCGUUGUGAUCACGUACAACUGCAAGGAGGAGUUCCAGAUCCAUGAUGAGUUGCUCAAGGCCCAUUACACGCUGGGCCGGCUCUCGGAUGCUACCCCUGAGCACUACCUGGUGCAGGGACGCUACUUCCUGGUGCGGGAUGUUGCUGAGAAGAUGGACCUGCUGGGCACCCUGCGGAGCUGUGGGGCCCCCAACUUCCGGCAAAUGCGGGGCGGGCUCACCGUGUUUGGCAUGGGACAGCCCAGCCUCUCGGGGUUCAGGCAGGUCCUCCAGAAACUCCAGAAGGACGGACACAAGGAGUGCAUCGUCUUCUGUGUGCGGGAGGAGCCCGUGCUGUUCCUGCGAGCGGAGGAGGACUUUGUGCCCUACACACCUCGCGACAAGCGAAACCUCCACGAGAACCUCCAGGGCCUGGGGCCCGGCGUCCAGGCGGAGAGCUUGGAGCUGGCCAUCCGGAAAGAGAUUCACGACUUUGCCCAGCUGAGCGAGAACACGUACCACGUGUACCACAACAUCGAGGACCUGCGGGGGGAGCCCCACGCUGUGGCCAUCCGGGGUGAGGAUGAUGUGCACGUGACCGAGGGGGUGUACAAGCGACCCUUAUUCCUGCAGCCCACCUACAGGUACCACCGCCUGCCCCUGCCAGAGCAAGGGGCUCCCCUGGAAACCCAGUUUGAUGUCUUUGUCAGUAUCAUCCGGGAGACCCCCAGCCUGCUGCUGCUCCGAGAUGCCCACGGGCCGCCCCCUGCCCUCCUCUUCAGCUGCCAGACAGGUGUGGGCAGGACCAACCUGGGCAUGGUCCUGGGGACCCUCGUGCUGUUUCACCAGAGUGGGACUGCCUCCGGGCCUGAGGCUGUCCCUGCGAAGACCAAGCCUCUGCCCAUGGAGCAGCUGCAGGUGAUCCAGAGCUUCCUCCGCGCGGUGCCCCAGGGCAGGAAGAUGGUGGAGGAGGUGGACAGAGCCAUCACUGCCUGUGCUGAGCUGCACGACCUGAAGGAAGCAGUGUUAAAACACCAGAGGAAGCUGGACCGUGUCCGACCCGAGAGCCCGGCCCAGGGAAGCAGCAGCCAGCAGGGUGUCCGGCAGAGGGCCCUGCAGAGCCUGGAGCGAUACUUCUACCUGAUCCUGUUUAACUACUAUCUGCAUGAGCAGUACCUGCUGGCUUUUGCCCUCAGUUUCAGCCGCUGGCUGUGUGCCCACCCUGAGCUGUACCGCCUGCCUGUGACACUGAGCUCAGCGGGGCCCGUGUCCCCUGCGGACCUCAUCGCCAAGGGCUCCCUGAGGGCGGACGAUCUCGUCUCCCCAGACGCACUCAGCACCAUCAAAGAGAUGGACGUGGCCAACUUCCGGCGGGUGUCCCGAAUGCCCAUCUACGGCACAGCCCAGCCCAGCGCCAAGGCCCUGGGGAGUAUCCUGGCCUACCUGACCGAUGCCAAGAGGAAGCUGCGGCAGGUCGUUUGGGUCAACCUGAGGGAGGAGGCUGUGCUGGAGUGUGACGGGCACACCCACAGCCUGCGGUGGCCUGGCCCCCCCAUGGCCACUGAGCAGCUGGAGAACCUGGAGACCCAGCUGAAGGCCCACCUGAGCGUGCCUCCCGCAGGCGCGGAGGGCCCGCGGACCCACAGGUUCCAGACGUGCCUCACCAUGCAGGAGGUCUUCAGCCAGCACCGCGGGGCCUGCCCCGGCCUCACCUACCACCGCAUCCCCGUGCCAGACUUCUGUGCCCCCCGCGAGGAGGAUUUUGACCGGCUGUUUGAGGUCCUGCGGGGCGCCCUCACCAAGGACUCGGGCUCUGGCUUCGUGUUCAGCUGCCUCAGUGGCCAGGGCCGGACCACGACGGCCAUGGUGGUGGCUGUGCUCGCCUUCUGGCACGUCCGAGGCUUCCCCGAGGUGGUGGAGGAGGAACUCGUGAGUGUGCCUGAUGCCAAAUUCACCAAGGGGGAGUUUGAGGUGGUGAUGAAGGUGGUGCAGCUGCUGCCGGACGGGCACCGUGUGAAGAAGGAGGUGGACGCAGCGCUGGACAUAGUCAGCGAGACCAUGACGCCCAUGCACUACCACCUGCGGGAAAUCAUCAUCUGCACCUACCGCCAGGUGAAGGCAGCCAAAUCGGAGCAGGAGGCCCGGAGGCUGCAGCUGCGGAGCCUGCAGUACCUGGAGCGCUACGUCUACCUGGUGCUCUUCAACGCUUACCUCCACCUGGAGAAGGCGGACUCCUGGCCGAGGCCGUUCAGCACCUGGAUGCGGGAGGUGGCGUCGAAGGCUGGGGUCUACGAGAUCCUCAAUCAGCUGGGCUUCCCCGAGCUCCAGGGCACGGAGGACCAGCCCUUCUCCAGGCUGCGCUGCCGGUGGCAGGAGCAGAGCCACAGCCUGGAGCCCUUCGCCGCCGGGGACUUCCUGUAGGAUGGUUCCCCUGCCCCGUCCCCCCGCAGGGCCCCGUGAAGGCUGGAGGUACCCUCACUGAAGUGGCCCUGAGCUGACAGUUCCCCAGCUUCCCAGAGAGCCUGGGGCUGGGUUGGGACCCCUUUUUGGAAAGGGCUUUUUAUAGGACAGUGAGCACGCAGUCAGACCUGUGAAUGACAGGUGAGAGCAGCCCUCAGGAGGGCCCAGUGCGGGCCUUGCAGCCCUCCAAGCAGCUCACUCCCCAAGUUGCCAAACAAAGCUACUGGCCACGGCCACUGCCAUCCUCUCCCCUCCCCUCCCCUCCCAGCAGGUCUGGCGGCCCCUGCGCAGAGCAGCCGGCCAGUGCGGGUUUCCUCUUUCUUUCCUUCCCUGCUCUCCCUCUUGGCUUCCCCUCUUUAGCCUCCUGGCACUGCCCUCGGGACCCCUGGCUCCCUGGGAGGUGGACAGCACUCUGGGUGGCUUUGGGAUUUUAAAGGCAGCUUUAGUUUUCUUGCGUCUCGUGCCCGUCUCCAACCUGGAGACUUCAAGAAGUACAACCCCAUGGUGUGGUGGGUGCCGCAGAGGCCUCGGCCUCUCCUGCCCUCCCUGAGCCCCCCACCCCCCGGGGGGCUGGCAGGACUGUGGAGUUUUCUAAGGAGCCAGAAACACCAGGGAGUCCCCCAUG